GGUUCCCUUCCGGUCUUGGAAGGUACUGGGAUGGCCCUAUAAAUUGCAGAGGAAUACCAAAGGCAGCAAGACAAGAUAGUUGUGUUCUCUAGAAGAAUGGUUGGCUUCCACCAGUUGCUGCAAGGUCUUACAAAGCCUAAAUGACUUCUUGAAUUUCUUGAAAUGAAGUGUUAUACUGAUCAUACUUGAAGCACUGAGGCAUUCCUUGAAAGAGGGAAAGGAGACAAAUACAAGAACACUGGUUUCUGUGUUAGGAAAUGGAUACCGCACAAGAGACGGAGAUUACUGUUUUUCUGGUUCCAGAAAUAAAAAUGGAAGAGCAGGAUCCAACAAGUCCUGAAGAAGAAGAAAUUAAAGAAGAAGAUCCUCUCAAAAUUGACAGGAGCAGGGAAGAAGAUAAUCACAUGGUGAAACAGGAGCAAGAGGAAGAACCAUCAAGGAACUGGGAUGCACGGUUGGAAGAGUUUCUGAAGACACUGCAGCCUCCUCAUUCUCCAGGAGAAACCCCAGAGCCCCCUGAGGUGCAGCAACAGAUGGAUCCUGAAAUGACUCAAGUGCCUUCCCAAGGAGAGACAGAGACCAACAAGCAGUCUAGAGGAUUGUGGGUUUCCUCAAAGACGCAGCCACAUCUCACUGGGGUGAACCAGUUGGAAUAUGGAACCCAUUUGGAUGCUACUAGCUAUGGGAAGGGGAAGGAGAAAGCCCUAGCAGGAGAUGCUGCCAAGUUGGAGAUGAGGCGCCGGCGUUUUCGGAUGUCGUCCUACCAAGAUGCCGAUGGGCCUCAAGAGCUUUGCCGGCAGCUCCAGCAGCUCUGUCGACAGUGGCUGAAUCCAGACAGAAACACCAAAGAGCGGAUGCUGGAACUGGUGAUCCUGGAGCAGUUCCUGGCCAUUGUGCCAGCUGAUAUGCAUAGGUGGCUCUGGGAGAAUGGCCCAGUGACUUGUGCCAAGGCUGUGACCCUGGCAGAAGAUUUCCUUCAAAGCCAGCAAGAGGCCAGAGACUUGUUGCAGCAGGGAACACAGAGCCUUCCAGACACAGUGGAGGUGCAUCUCUCUGCAGAAACUAAACAGGAAGAUAAGGCCAGUGCAAACUUGCUAGGUGGUGAGUGUCUCAGAGAAAGUGGGAAAGAAAAUCUAUUAUUGAAGAGAUCUGAGAAAAUGGAGCAACUGCCAACAUGCCUGAAAACAGAUAUAGAGAACAAUUUUUUGUGUCAUAGCGAAUCCAGUGAGAGUCAACAGAAGGGAGACAGGAAGAAUGGGAAUGCCACAGAGAAGAAUGGGGAUUUGUUUGUUUCUUCACAUGGGCAUUGUAAGGCUGGCAGUGAAUCCACCAGCCAGCAGGAUGACAAUACAACAUACAAUGAAUGUCGGAAAAGUGUGCACCUUCCUGUGCAUGAAAACUCUCAUGUACUGGAGAAGCCAUACAAGUGCUGGCACUGUGGCCAAAGCUUCAGUAGCAGCUUGGAUCUUCUGUCACAUGAGAGAAACCAUGUGGGUGAGCAACUGUAUAAAUGCUCCCACUGUGGAGGAAGCGAGAGAAUUCACAUGGGACGGAAACCAAGUAAAUGUUCACACUGUGGGAAUACCUUUGGCUGUAACCCUCAAGAGGAAACAUAUGGAGGAAAGAAAUUUCAUACCUGCACAGAAUGUGGGGAAAAGUAUAUUCAUAUAUCAGGAUUACUUAAACACCAGGGAGUUCACAGGGGAGAGAAACCUUAUAAAUGCUUAAAGUGUGGGGAAAACUUUGGAACCUACUCAAAUUUCAGAGCACAUUGUAGAACUCACACAGGGGAGAAGCAGUAUAAAUGUUUGCAGUGUGAGAUGUGUUUCAGCAGUAUUACACGUUUGAGAGCCCACGAAAGAAUCCAUGUGGCUGUGUGCUCCUCCUGUGGGAAAAGCUUCAGCCAAAAAUCAGAACUUAUUGAACAUGAGAGAACUCACACAAGGGAGGAUUCUUUCGUGUGCUUUGACUGUGGAAAAGCCUUCGAAUACAACUCGGAACUGGUGGCUCAUGUGCGAACACACAAGGAUAAGAAACUGGAAUGCCCCGACACCAAGAAAACCCUCAUUUGCGCAGAAUGUGGAGAUACCUUUAAAUAUGCCUCAGCCUUCAAAGCCCACCAGAGAGUCCACAGAGGAGAACACAGGAAGGAGCAACAAGAUCAGGAGGAGUGUGUUGAGAGACCAAAAGAGAUUAAGAGAAAGACAGAAGAAGAGGACCAGGACACUGAGGAACCAAGAAAGAGACAGCGGCUCACUAUGGAGACAAGAAGCAAGACUGCUGUGGCUAAGGCUGCUGUGAUGGAGGGAUCCGCCAGUGAGACAGAGUUGACUGAUGAGCAGGCACAGCCAAAAUAUGAGCAGGGCUCUCCCAAUAAAAAUACAGUGCAGCAGCUGAUGAAGACAGCAGUCCCCCAACAACAAGUGCCCAUGGUUUUUGAUGACGACAGUGAGGACAAUGAUGCUGAUUCUGAUGGUCCCCCUGUGAGAAGCAGGAGAUGUAUCAAACAGAAUGUCACUCAGAAGAUUCUUGAUAGGACACUCAUGAAUUACAUUGUGGAGGAGACUGUGCCACUUCAGAAUGUGCACAAACCUACCUUCCUUGCACUGGUUUGCCUUGGUCUUCCAAAGGACCUCACCAUUAUGUGUGCUAAUACCCUGAGGGACAGAAUUGAGAAGAAGGCGGCCAGCAUGAGGGAAAGCUUUGUGAGCCGGAUGGGCACUGUAUCCCAUGUGGCGACCACUGCUGAUUGCUGGACUGAUGGCAAGAGGAACUUCUUAGGGGUCACAGCACAUUGGAUCAGCACAACAACUCUAAAGCGGGAGUUUGGGGCCUUGGCAUUCAAGCAUCUCAAAGGAUGUCUCACAUACAGUGUCCUUGUAAAAGCCCUGCGUGAUAUUCAUGUGCAGUAUGGGAUUCAUGACAAAGUUGUGUGCAUGACCACAGACAAUGGCUCCAGCUUUGUGAAAACAUUCCAAGUAUUGAGGGCCAAAGAACUUGCAGAUGCUGCAGGCAGCAUUGUGGAUGAUAAUAAUGGUGCCAACCAGGACAAGUCUGAGAUGGAGUUUGUUCCUAUUUCUGAGAUCCUGGACACAGGUAACCAGGCAGAGGAAGAUGCACCAGAGUUGAAUUCCAAGUUGCCACCCUACCAGAGGUGUGCCAGCUACACCCUUAACCUGGUAGCAACACAUGAUGUAGAAGCCAUGCUUUCUGACUCCUCCCAAUGUAGCUCCCUUAGUUCUUUCCAGAAACAUUUUUGUACCUUGAUGAGAAAGUGCAGAAAGCUGUGGUCAAAGCAGAACAACUCAGUGCAAAUUGCAGCGUACAUCUAUGAACAAUGUGGUAUGUAUUUGACAGUACCAGACAAGACCAGGUGGAAGGCCAUUUUUGAGGCACUGAUGCAGUUAAACAAGCUCCUCUGUACUGUGCCACUAAAAGUGGAUGCCAUAAUGGACAGGUGUUCCUUGGCCAGGAUCACAGAUGAUGAGUGUCUAGUGUUGCAGGAGUACACUGAGAUCAUGGGGCCACUAGCACUGUCUCUUGAUAUCCUACAGCGGGAGAAUGGCAUGUUCAUGGGGUAUCUGCUGCCAACACUACAUAGUCUGGACCGCAAGUUACAAGGGCUAGAAAAUAAACCUGUACCCUACACUCACUGUCUUCCACUCUUGAGGGGUGUGCGGGAAGCCCUAAGGAAACGAUUUGCAGGUAUUUGGGAAGACAAGGAGCUUCUCCUGGCAGCCUGCUUACACCCUCGUUUCAAAGUAGACUGGUUGGAUUCUGCCCAGACUGAAAGGUCAGCUGCGGAGGCCUUGUUGAAAGCUGAACUCAAGGGUGCAGUCACUGAGAUCACUGAAGGGAUCUCAGAGGAAGACCAGGAAAGGGACAGUGGUUUACUUGACUUUUUCGACAUCAGGCCCCAACAAGGGAAAUCAGUAGUGGACCCUGUUGAGGAGGAAAUCUCAAAGUACCUGAAGACGCCCAGCAGGGAGCUGUCAUCCCUGCUUGCCUUUCCAAGUAUCCAGCAGAGUUUUUUGAAGUACAACACAGGAGUGCCUUCAAGUGCUGCGGCGACACACCUCUUCUGUAGAGAUGGGAACGUCAUGACUGUUGAAAGACGUUCCUUGGUGGAUGACGUCUAUGAGCACUUGGUUCUUCUGAAGCAGAACAGGGCUUUUUCACUACUUCAAGUUUCAAAACACAGUUCCGUUUGAGAAACAAAGUCAACAAAAUAGCAUUUAAAAUGUGACUGCAUUUAAAAGAACAUUGGUUUUUGUUCUUCUUGUACCCAUUUACACCACACAGUCAUAGCAUUGUGAUUGUACUUUAACUGCAGUGGCUGCAUCCUAUGAAAUCCAUAGAUUUACAGUUUAGGAAAGGGUAGAAUUUUCAGUCAGGGAAGCUCAAAUGCAAUUUGUUGUUUGCCUCCAAGUUGUUUUCACCUGAGGGUCACCAAAUGGCAGGAUUUUCUUGGCAAGAUUUGUUCAGUGAUUUGCUUGCCUUUGCCUUCCCCGGAGGCUGAGAGUGCAUGCAAAUGAUAAAUCCCAGGAUUCAUUAGGCUAUUGCCAUGAUAGUUCAAAUGGAUUCAUAGUAUUAUAAUUAAGAGAAAGUGUGGUGUGCUGGUUUGAGUGUUGGGCUAAGGCUCUGGGAGACCUGGUUGACCAUGGAAACCCACUGGGUGACCUUGGGCAGUUCACACUCUCUACCUCAAAAGAAGGCAAAGGCAAACCUCCUCUGAACCAAUCUUGCCAAUAUAACCCUGUGGAUAGGGUCACCUUAAGUCAGAAACAACUCGAAGGCACAUAAGUGUAGGGUUUUGUUGUUCAGGAGGGGGACCAUCUCACACUGGGUAAUUUUUUAUAUAAUAGUUUCUGAAAAAUUCUGCCUUUGGUCAAGGUUUCUCUGAAAAGGUGAUUUCUGUCUUUGCUUGUUGCUAGCCAUAAACUGUCUGUUAUACUGAGAAUAUUUACAACUCCAGAUAUGCUACUACCUUAAAUGAGAGCAAGGUUUUGUAUGAGAGAAUACAGGCACACAGUGCUUAGCUGCACAGGAAUUAUUAUGAAACCACAGCUGUGUGUUUGCCAUUACGAUUAAAAUAUAAUGUAAUGCAACACAGGUUUGGUAGCCCUUCAUAGUUUCCAAAAUAUAACCGCACAGUACGUUCAUUUUAAUAAAAAAACAAGGCAAUUGAAACUGCUUACCAAUUAGGCUGAAAUAGAGGUUUCCAAAAAUGACAAAUGCCAUGGGUUACUCUGCAGUGUUGCUUUUUCAAGAAUUAAGAAAAAUGUUUUCUGGCAUAUAUUUGAGACAGAUUUUUGAAAUUAUGAGCUAUCUAGCAAUAUCAAAAACAUAAUAAUAAUAAAAUAAUAAUUUUUUAAUUUUUAUCCCGCCCUUCCAAUGAUCAGGGCGGCUUACAGUAGGAUUAAAAUACAAUACAUCCAAAAUACACGAGAAUUAAAAAACCGUAAAAUACAGCAACAUUACAAAGACUAACAAAUAAAAAGCCCCAAUAGCCCAACCUCAUGGCCACGGAAGAGGAGGGAGGCCCACAGGAUAUUUAUUCGGGGAAUGUCUGUUGGAAUAGGAAGGUUUUG